UUCAAAACAAUACCUAAUGGUCGUACCGAUUGAAUUGGGUCCGACUCGGGCAUACCAAGCCACCCAUCAUCACCGGUUGUCACCCAGAUGCUGUCCAAACGAAUCUCUAUGUUAAUAAAACCAAUUUCGUCACAUCGUCCCCCUAAGCCUAUUUUCAUGCACAAAAGACCCAUGAUGCACGCGCCGAGGCGUGCGAGCCUAAGUCCAUCGGUCACUUCGGGACCUAUAAGAGUCGUCCGUGCGUUGGAGAAUUUGUUUUAUAUUCCAAAACGCUGUUCCCUGUCUCAAUCACGGAAAGAAAAUUUCAACAAAAUGUCUGUACACCGCUUCUACCUUUACCUUUUGCAUUCAAUUUGCCUCCCGUUAGCAUGUUACCAUCAGCUUAGCCCUGUUGAAAACGAACUUCGCGACCUUGUGACCCAAAAUUCCGUUAUAAAACGCGCCGGUAUGACUGCAGUUAUCAAAGGUUUUCGGGACGGCACUAUUGCUACUGUGAAGUGGCCAAAUCUCAUCGAGACUGCCUUCGAGCUCGAUAGAGCAUCAGACGAACUGUUAUGGUACAUACACAUAGUCGAGCAGCUCGACAUAUAUAACAGUAAGUGCAAAUCCCUGCUUCGCAUCUGAAUGCUAUGCUUAUAGGCGUGAAAAGGCAACCCGGAAGUCCGACAUAUUGCGCAGAGCCAAGCU